UUUGUGAAGCGCGUCACUUCAAAAAACGAGAGGUUCGGAGCAGUGUGAAUGUGUUUUCUUCUCUACGUAUUCCUUUGAAACUUUCUUGUUUGAUUAUCAUUUCUGAUUUUAUAAGUAUUAAGUCCAAGUAGAUGCAAUAUUGUAUUUAGAAUAUGGCAUCGUCAUUGGUUCAUGCUUUCAUUGACAAGGAGAAUACUGCAACGAUAACUACUGGCAAGGGUCGUCUGGGCUCAACCUCUGGCAGACAAAUUUUAGGAAAAACAUUCAGCAGCAAUAAUUCUACACUUGACACGCCAAGAAAAGCACUGGGACAUGUUAAUAACACUCCUUUGAGAACUGCACUUGGUAAUGUCACAAACACUGCAAAGAAAAUACAUCAAGGCAGUUUACUGAAAAAAAUUCCAUUACAAAGUAGAACUCCUGCGCCACAGAAAAAAGGCCCAAGAAUACCAUCAACACCUUCAUUACAAUUUUCCAGAAAGAAGUGUGUAAAAGCCUCAGUACAAAAAGUGGAAACACGGCCAUUUGUGGAGGACUAUUCAGAAAUAGAAUACAUGCCAGAUUACAAACAAAAAGGUGAAACGACUUCAAGAUCAAUGUUUGGGAAAGUGAAUUUCCAAAGAUAUUCAGUAAAUCUUGCAAGUGGCUGCCAAGUCGAGAAUUAUUUACAGCCAGAAAACAUUCCGAACCAGAUUUUUCCGGACUGGAAAUAGAACAUAUGCCACCAAAAGAAGAUGAUGUUUCACCUCUAUUUGACAUGGAUGAUUUUGCAAAAGGAAUGCUAGAUUAUGAACCAAUAGAACUGCCAGAUAUAGAUCUUCUUUAACAUCCUAAUGCAGCAAAAUAUUAUUCAUCGUUGGACAAGAUUAAGAUCCUGUCAUGUCAAUCUUUUCAACCAAAACAGUAAUUGUUGAAUAUUUCUUCCAAUGUCAUACCAAUUACAGCUGCCAUAAACGAUCAAGAACAAUUUCCCUUGCCCCUUUUAAUAUUUACUGUGCACAACUUGUUAGUUUUUAUUUGCCCCAAUGGUCACUGCCAUGGUUUGCAACAAAUUACCUCCUGACAGUGAAAUGCAUGCUGGGUAACUAAGUUCUUAUUACUGCCAAUGUUGUGUACAAAAUACUUUUGUGUAGCGUUUCCAAGUGUCAUUGUACAGUAACAAAUUGUCAAGUGUUUUUAACUUUAUCUAUUUACAAAGUUAUUUUUUUUAUAUUUGUUCCAAUAAAGUUAUAAGAAACUAAA